AUGCUCCUGCCUGUACUCGAGCACUUUGCGGAGUUUGGAUGGCAAUUGUUUGUGGAACCUGCCGAGACGUUUGAGUUCUUCUCAGUCUCUGGCAUCUUCCAACGCGCAAAUGUGGACGUCUCGCUACAUGCGGAGCACUCGGCUGCUGAGCUUCUCGUGCAGCGUCGUGCACUCCUUGACGUGUGUCUCCAGAGCGGCUUGGCCCAUCUGAUCGUAGCGUAUAUCCGUGCUCACGAGGCGCCCAUGCAGUCCCAAAGUUUGUUUGCCGGUGCAAAAGCGUACGUGCUGAAGGAGCCGAUUGCAGUGCAGCAAUGGGUGCGUCGUCGUCUUGAGACGGUGGAGCACGACGUGGCUCGAUUGAUGGAUCACGAACAGCAGGAUCACGACGACGACGCACCACACAUGGCAAUGAUUGGAGCCAUGGACGAUGCUUUGCGGCAGCUGCAUGGCUUGCGCUCGAUCCUAAUAGCAUUGAUUGCGCGAUUGAAAGAAGGCGCUCGUCAAGUUGCUUGUUAUUCCGCGGGCAUUGAUGCUGAAGGCAAUGUGCAAAAGGAGACAGAGCUCGCUGACCUAACAGCUCAAGGCGUUCGCAACAUGUUGUACUUACUUUGUCGCACACAGAGCAUGGCUUGUGUCUGCGAUUGCAUGUUGUGGCUGCACGAAAACGAAGUGGCGGACGAAUGCGAGAUGUACGACGAAUUUUACAGCGAAGUGAGAUUGCUGCGCGCGAAGCACCGUGAACAGUUUGAAGAGAUUUACAAUUGCAAGCUUUCAUGCAGUAGCGAUGUGGAGGAACCGAUGUUGUUGAUCGAGCACGUGAUGAAGAGCGCGAGCGUCUCACUGGAGGAUCUUGGUGACAGCUUCCCUCCGAUACAUUUGAGACAGCUUUUCGAGCUCGUGCAAGCAUCUGCCGUACAGCAAGAUGUUGUUCAGUAUUACGGAAACGAAGUUGACAGCGAGCCGAUUGAAGGCUACUUUCGGGUCAGGGUGGCUUUGCUGUUGUAUUUCUGUCUGGACAGGGCCUAUUUGAGUGUGUGGAAGCACCACAUCCAAUGUGGCGCCCAAAUCGUAAGCAAAAUGCGCUCAUUUGCCGACUCGUUUGCGGCACAAUUGAGCGUGCGAGAAGAUAUGAAGCUGACGUUGCUCGCGUUGUGGCUGGUGGAGAAUGCGGUCGUGGUGAAGACGUCAGGCGAGGAUCAGGUGGCUGCUAUCUACGAGAACGCCGUCAGCUUUUUGCAGUUGUCGCGUGCAACGCGUCUUCGUCAAAAGCAUGAUCUGGACGCUGAUCUGAUUCUUUACGUGCUCGAAACGUUAGUGCACAGGGGUGAAAGGCUUUUUGCAUGGAAGGUGUGGAACACGUUUAACUUUGACCUGGCACAGUCUCCACCCGCUGCAACAGAGUUGAUGGUUGUCAUAUCGCUGGAGCUGGAUUUGUGGGAGCAGGCGCUGUCUUUGAUACGCAGUCAAAAACGUCCGGACCUGCUCAGUGUGCUAUUCAACUGGUUGAUGAAAAGCCACCGUCUGAAGGAGGUAGUUCAGCGCGUGACCUUCUUACCCGUGGAGGAGCAGCUGUUUCACGCGUGUAUGAUGGAGAGCAACAUCACGAAAGACGAAGACGUUUUACGAGAUGAGAACAUCAAGCGCGUAGACUUCCUUGUGAUGUACUAUACUUUCAGAAAUAGGUAUGAGCAGGCCUGGAAAGUUCACCAUACACACCUGGCGAUGAUUCGAGCCAUGUCUCGUGGCGAUACUGAUGUUGCGAUGGCGGUACUGAACCAACCGAGUUUGCGUGUUCGGGCAGCGUUGCUUUCCAAUCUGUGCGCUGAACCGCCUUCGGAGUCGUACUCGCACCGGAAUAGUAGCUUUAGUGCACAAAGAGAAGGUCGCCAGCGCCAGCACUUGACCAAGCCUGCUUUGCUGGAAAAUGAUGAGAUGAAAGACGUGUCCGAUUCUGACACGCCGGCACCAGUGGAUUCAGCGUCAACGUCCUGGCGUUCUGCCGAGUUCGAUGCGGAAGGAAAACGAGCCGCUUUUUCUUCUACACCAACGGACGACUCGAUAUUUUCUCAAGAAUCGAUCGACGUUGGUGAGUUUGACUACUUUCCGGGUAUGUUUUCGUCCCAACGAGCGCCCGGUGCUCCGACUUGGCCUGCGAAAUCGUCGUCAGCUCUCGUGUCUGACGCGGAGACGUCGACACGGCCAAAAGGCCAAGGGAAGGAGACAGCAGCAUCGAGCGAUAUCAGUAUCGAGUCCAUCGACUUUGGCCCGGACAUGUCUUUGGAUUUGCUGACGAAGCCGAGCCCCAGUACCACCAAUUCCACCGAGUCACGUGAUGUCCGAGGUCGAGCGGUGAACGGUGGAUCGUCUUCGACGAAGGCUUCUCGCGCACCCUCCACGCCGGUACAGCCUUAUAUGCCUCCGUUCGGCGCUCGUCGUCCACUUGGCACUCCACCUGUUCGAUCCAAGAUCCAUCCCACCUUCGCGAUCGCAUCUUUGACUCCGCCUGCUCCGGACGCGACAGGCUCUACAGAUGACUUCUCGCUGAAGCCACACUACAUGGACGGCACGAACGGGGAAAGCUUUCCAGCCGAAGCCCAGGGCCACGACUCAACAACCACGAAUGUACGUGAAAAUCGGACGGUGCAGCAGACUCCGACACGACCAUCUCCCACGUCGGACUCUGACGCUGUCAUGGAGACCCCGAAACGGUAUCAGUUUGUGCGCGAGGUGUCAACGUACUCCCGUGUCGAAGUGGCACGAGAAGAGUCGGAUUACCUGACGACGUCACAGGCAUCAGAGGACCAAGUAGAAGACAUGAUGGAGCUCGAGCGUAUUGACGAGGAGUUUAGCACGCCCGUCUCCCGUUCGAAAGGACGGCGAAAAGAACCAGCAAGCGUCGCCGUGCGUGGGUCCACGCGCCAGAAGUACUGA